GCCGUGGUAGAGCCCGGCGUCCUUCAGUAGCGAUCAGUUGUCGCCAUAUAGCGAGGCCAGUCCUUCGUCUACCAUCUGGAGUUCAUCCUCCGCGGCGAGCAGGAAGUUGACGUCGCCCUUCGUCGGCUUCGCCCCGGACCAGGCGAUCCUCGCUACAAUGUCCGAGUCUCCGAAUAUGGCGGUGUCCCCCAUGUUGACCAUCUCGCCAUCGUUGACCAUCUCCCCCACCUUGACGAAUACUUCCGGCUCUCCAGUCCAUGGCGAGGCGACCCCAUACUACACUCCUCCCACUCGUCUGGAGGACAUCGACGUGGACGAGGACGCAGAUGGCGAGUCCGAUGAUGAGUCCGACGAUAGCGUCGACUUCAAUAUGGAUGCCGACGGCGAGUCUGACGACGAACAGUCCAACAAUACGGAUGCCUGUGCAUCGCAUGCUGCGACAUUGCAGCUUUUGCCGACACCUUCUGCCCCCAUCGAAGUCGAGAGGCCUGCAAGUAGCCAGCCUACCCCACUUCGUAAGAGGCGUGGCCGUCCGGCACGCUCCAGCUCGGCCCCUCUCCCACCAACUCUCCGUCUGUUAAAGCCAGCGACCGCCAACCUGCAUCCUCUUCCUGGGCGACCCUCCGUCCCGAGCAGCAGCAGGCGACACUCGAUGUCGUCUCCCACCGUGCAUGAGGAGAGUCCUGCACAUACGCAUGGCUCCUUGUCCGAAGCUAGAAUGGUUGGGCAGAAGUCGAAGCGAUCGCAGUUCGAGGAGGACAGUAGCGGCCUGGACGCCGAAGACGGGGACGGGGACGAUGAAUACGUCGACGACAUGAUGACCUGCAGUGACGAUGACGACUUUGAAGACCAGCUCGCGGAUGAUGACGAUGACGAGUACGUCGACGACGAGGUCAGUGCACCACCUGCGAAGCGAGCACGUUGCUCCCCAUCCACGUCGACGUCGACGGCAACGAGACCGCGGAAGACUAGGGGUCGGCGGCGCACAUCCUCAAAGGCGAAGAAGGCGACUUGCCCGGAGUGCAAGCAGACCUUCGUUCGACGCACCGACCUCACACGACACCAAAAGUCGAGCUCGUGUGCGAGAGUGGACGUCUGGUUCGCUUGCGACAGCGACCAAUGCUCGAGCCGCUUCAGGCGCAAGGACGCUCUGAAGCGACACGUGCACUCCGUCCACCGCUGACCAGGUUUUUAUCUUGUAUAUUUGGAUACUGUACACUUCAUCUUGCUACCGAUACCAUCUGUACGUCGAUAUCCGGACUGCAGGACUGUCUUGCAGGCA